CUUCUUCAAACUUCCAAAACCAAGCACACUUUGCUCUCUCUCAUCUCCUCCUAGACCUUCAUCAAACACUUGCCUCCUGCACAUCAAACACCUUCAAGAAAUUGCACUUCCCAGCAUACCCACAAUGGAAAAUCUUUUCCGUUUAGCCGACCACGACGAGUCCUCUGCUCGGCGCUGUGUCGUGGUCAACGGGCCGGUCAUCGUCGGGGCCGGACCUUCUGGCCUGGCCACGGCGGCCCUGCUCCGUGAUCAGGGCGUCCCGUUUGUGGUGCUUGAGAAAACCGACUGCAUUGCCUCGUUGUGGCAAAAACGCACCUACGACAGGCUCAAGCUCCAUCUGCCCAAGCAGUUCUGCCAACUGCCAAAACUGCCAUUCCCUGAGGACUUCCCUGAAUACCCGACCAAGAGCCAGUUCAUCGGCUACCUCGAGGCGUACGCGAGGCGGUUCGACAUAAACCCGCAGUUCAAUGAGUGCGUCCAGUCUGCGAGGUACGAUGAGACAAGUGGCUGGUGGCACGUGCAGACUGUGUCCACAGCAGGGGGCAGCCGCGGCGAGGUUGAGUACCUCUGCCGGUGGCUCGUCGUGGCCACAGGCGAGAACGCCGAGUGUGUGACGCCAGACUUCGAGGGCCUGGCAGAGUUUGGUGGAGAUGUCAUGCACGCCUGUGAGUACAAAUCCGGCGAGAAGUUUGCAGAGAAGAAGGUCCUGGUUGUUGGGUGUGGCAAUUCUGGCAUGGAAUUGUCCCUUGAUCUGUGCAACCACGAUGCAUUGCCGGCCAUGGUGAUCCGCGACUCGGUUCAUGUUUUGCCAAGAGAAGUUAUGGGAAUAUCUACAUUUGGAUUGGCUGUUCUGCUGAUGAAAAGGUUACCACUCUGGUUGGUCGAUAAGCUGUUACUUAUCCUGGCUUGGCUGGUUCUCGGCAACGUCGAAAAGUACGGCCUGAAGAGGCCAUUGGUGGGUCCGAUGGAGCUCAAGAACACCAAGGGCAAGACCCCAGUUCUGGACAUCGGUGCUCUUGCGAAGAUCCGAUCCGGGGAGAUCAAAGUCGUUCCUGGAAUAAAGAAGUUCUCACCUGGCCAAGUCGAGCUUGUCAACGGCGAGAAGCAUGACGUCGACUCGGUGAUUCUGGCCACCGGCUACCGCAGCAAUGUCCCUUAUUGGCUAAAGGAAAGCGAGUUCUUUUCAAAGGAAGGCUUCCCGAAAUCAUCCUUCCCAAACGGGUGGAAGGGAAACUCGGGGCUAUACGCAGUCGGUUUCACGAGGAGAGGGCUCUGUGGCGCAUCUUCGGACGCAAUUAAUAUCGCCCAAGACAUCGGCAAGGAGUAUAAGGAGAAGGAGAUGGGGCAAAAGAGAACCAGCACUCCUACCCACAGGAACACUCAUGACUCACCCAUUUCUUGGACAAUUCUCGGAUGUACAAAAUGAGUAGGAAUGUUACUCCUUUUAGUUCAGUCAGAGAAACGAAAAAAGAACAGACGUAGUUUACGGACGAGCCCUCUCCGAGCGGCCCCAAGUUUUGGUUCAGUUGGGCAUUUUGUAGCUGAUGAGGAUGAUGAGGCUUUUUUUUCCCCCUUUCGACGCGCUUUUGCCUUUUUUAUUCCAUGUAUUUCCGGUUUUAGGACACUGCUUACGUACUCUGUAUAUUGUGUUUCAGCUAGUCU